GAGAAAAAAGAACAUUUAUUGUUAUUGCUUUUGAAAAAAGCUGAUUUAAUUUCGAUAAAAGUUUGUAGCUGAGAUUCAAUUUUAUUCAAAUCCCCGCCCACUUCUUGUAAGAAAUUCCUCUGUUCAUAUAUUUUUUUUGGGUUCAAUUUAAUUGAUUUGGUUUUAUAGCAUUGUUCAGAGGAGGGGUGAUUUCGUAAUUUUGAGUAAAAUUAUGGAUGAAAAUGGUGUCUCGGAUACUUUGUUUGAUGCAUCUGAGUACAAAAAUGGCAGCUUUUACCCCAUGCUUUUCGGUGCUUUCCUCGCUCUCAAACUCAUGCCGGAGCGUGAAAUCUGCGACGGAAAUUCGUCGGAGAUCGUGGCGAUUAGCGACGAAAACAAACUUGUACAGAAAAAGCUGGAGGAUGCAGAAAAGCAGAUAUCCGAGCUGAAGAAAACGAGAGCCGACGACGGAAAAGCCAACGAGAAAGUCGUCGGAAUCUUCGCCGCCAGAGAGCAGACCUGGUUCCACCACCGGAAGAUUCUCCGGCGCCGAAUCGCCGAUCUUAGUGACAAGUUGAGAGAAACGGAGGUUACGUUCCGAGAGAAACUGAAGGCGGCGGAAACCCUAGCCGAGGAAAUGGCGGAAGACGCAAAACGACACCGUAUCGAAAUUGCCGAUCACAAAACAGCUUUCAUGGAGCUCGAAGCAACCAACCAGAGGCUGACAAUGGAGGUUGCUAAAAUGCACCAGGAUUUAGAGCACAAGGACCAGAUUCUUACGGCAAUGCUGACGAAAUCGAAGAUCGAUACGGCCGAGAAACAAAUGCUUAUUAAGGAAUUGAAAUCUUCCAAGACGAAGCGGAAGCAGGCCGAGGCGGAAGCGGCUCGGUGGAAGGCGAUAUCCGAGUCUAAUAAACACGAUUUGACAGGGGAGAAUGUUAAAGCUUUUGUGGAGCAACUGAGGCACAAAGACGAAAAGUUGGAAGCGUUCGGUUACCGUUUGAUGAGCAUGGAAAUCGAGUCGAAUAAGCUGCAAUCGCACAUCAAAGAUCUCAAUCACGAAACCGAGAAGCUAAAGCAGGAUAACGCGAAAUUGACGAAAUUACAUUUAAGUCCUCCAAAGAAUAAUCACCGCCAAAAUUCUCCACACGACAACACAGUUAAUUGGUCGAAAGUGAAGAUCGUCAAAACGAAACCAAGGCAACAAGAAAUGGAAGCCAUUGCAGAGGAAAUGGAUAUUGUUUCGACACUCGAAUCUCCAAAUGAAGAGACGACGAAACAAGGGCAAGAAAGUAAUUCUACGUGGAAGAUGGAUAUCCAAGCACUAGGAGUCUCGUAUAAGGUCAAGAGACUCAAGCAGCAGCUUCUCAUGCUCGAGAGGCUCACGGGAAAGAAAGAAACCGACGAAAACGAAAAAAACAAAAACGGGGCGAACGGACUAUUCUCGCUCACAUCACUAAUGAACAGACAAAUCGAGCGGUACCAAUCUCUCGAAGGAAAGAUAGAUCAUCUCUGCAUCAGAAUGCAUGCGAAGAAGCUGGACUUGAAUGCCAACGUUGAAACGAAAAGGAUGGAGAACUUUCUAGAAGAAACGUUCGAGAUACAGAGGUAUAUGGUUGCAACGGGUCAAAAACUAAUCGACGUGCAAAAAAAGAUUGCGUCCGGUUUUGUUGGUCCGGAAGACAUCGAAAGUUUCGAUUUUGAGCGAUUUGCCGAUAGCUUAAAAAAGCUAUUUCAAGAAGUGCAGAGGGGGCUCGAAGUACGGAUAUCGAGAAUUAUCGGAGAUCUUGAAGGAACUCUUGCAUGUGAUGGUUUCCAUUUAUCUAGAAGAUAGUUAUUUUGUAAUAUCAAUUCAUUUCAGA